AUGUUACCUGAAUAUAUUGAAAAUAAAACAAUUCAAUUGAAUCAACAAUCUGAGAAAGAAAAAUGUUUUUUAGAAGCAAUUAUGAAAUCUGAUUCAAAUACAUUUGAUAAAUUAUUAAGUGAUGAUCCUCUAUUAAUUUAUUGUUCUAUUCCACCUGAUUAUAAUUAUUCUAAUAUUUAUCAAAUUAUUGUUGAACAUUCAACAUAUAUAUUUAUAGAUAAUGUAUUUAGUAAAUAUUUCAAUAUGAUUAAUGAUUCAACUGAAUGUGGUAAAAAUCUUGUACCAGUAGCAUGUGAAAGAGGUGAUGAAAAUAUAUUGAAAAUAAUAUUAAAAUAUUUUCCAUUUGCACCACUCAAUGGAAUUACUAAUUCAAAUAAAUUAUAUAAUUAUUCAGCACGUAAUAAGCCACAUGAAAUUGAAUUAUCAGAAUAUAAAAAUGAUAUUCCACUAUUAUAUGUUAUUCGUGAUGAUCGACCUGAUCUUUUAGUUAUUUUAUUUAAAUUUAAACCAUUUCAAUUAGAUUAUUUAACAAAAGAAGAAAAACAAAAAAUUUUUCAUCUUUGUUUAUUAACUGAACAUCGUCGAAUUACUAUGGAUCAAUAUAAUCUCAGGUGGUUCAAAAAUCAAUCAUUAUCUCCAUGUGGUUCUAUUGAAUGUCUUCAUUUAAUUAUUGAAUAUGCUCAUUUUAAUCCACUUCAUUUUCAAUCAUCUAUAUCACCAUUUGCACUUAUACUUAAACCAAUCGAUAUUUAUAUAAAACACGUAUUUUAUCAAAUCUAUGAUCAUGUAGACAUAAAAAUUCCUGCACAUAUAAUAGUAGGUUUAUACAAUUUAAUUAAGAAACAAAUGAAUUUAUUCAUUUAUUUAAUAACAUAUUGCUGUUUUGUACCAACAGAUUAUGAUAUAACUCGUUUAUCUGAAUUGAAAUAUUAUGUGAAAGACAUAUUUUAUGCAACUAAAUAUUUGUCAAUUGAAAAUUUCUUGUCUAAGGUAAUCAAGUUGGCAAAGCGGGAUAAGAAAAAUAAUAAAAUAUGCUUGACAUUAAAAGAAAUAUGUCGUUGUAAAAUUCGCGAUCAUUUACGCACUCAAGGACGUAUACUGGUACAAGUCGAAAAUCGUUUUGAUUUAAAUUUUGAACUAAAUAAAUAUUUAAAAUUUAUAAUUUAA